AUGGCCAUGUCGCAGGACCUGCUGACCUUCAGGGACGUGGCCAUCGAGUUCUCUCAGGAGGAGUGGGACUGCCUGGUCCCUGCCCAGCGGGCUCUGUACAGGGACGUGAUGCUGGAGAACUACCGGAACCUGACCUCCCUGGGAAUCUCAGUUUCCGAGUUGAAUAUAAUCUCCCUUUUGGAGCAAGGGUCAGAGGCCUGGACUGUGGCGGGUAGUGAGAGAGAGAGAGGCGCAGAGGACCCACGCAGGUGGGUCGUAACAGAAUGCAAGGAAGAUGUCUCUCCUAUGUAUACGAUUAAGGUCUUAUCUGCAAAAGAGGACUUUAGUAAAGGAGGAUUACUUGAGACGACGGUGCAUGGCCUUGAGGAUUUUGACUUCAGGAUAGUCAGGGAAAAUACACAUCAGUUUGAGAAUCAAUGGAAGGAUAUUGAAAGAAACAACAAAGACAUGGCUAAGACCCUUAUCAAGAACUUCGCUUCUACGAAAGAUCAACAUCACGAGCAGUCUGUUGGUAAUGAUUCUUCCGUGUCACCAGUUCAGACACUUUCUCCCAGUGUCAAAACCAACAUUUGUGAUAAAUACGGGGAGGUGUUUAUGCAUCCUUCAUUGCUUACAGAACACAGCACGACACACACUCAAGAGAAACCAUUUACUUGUGACGAGUGUGGGAAGGUCUUUACCCAGAAUUCAAACAUUGCGUUUCAUCUGAGAACCCACACCGCAGAGAAGCCUUACAAAUGUGCUGAAUGUGGGAAGGCGUUUAUCCAUAACUCAAGCCUCGUGGAUCACCAGAGGAUUCACACCGGAGAGAAGCCUUUCAAGUGCAAUGAAUGUGGCCAGGCUUUCAUCAGGCGUUCACAGCUCUGGGAUCACGAGAGACUUCACACUGGGGAGAAACCUUACAAGUGCAACGAAUGUGGCAAAGCCUUUAACCGCGGCCCAAACCUCACCACGCAUCAGAGGAUCCACACGGGCGAGAAACCAUACAAAUGUCAAGUGUGCGGGAAGGUCUUCAAUCAGAAUUCACACCUGGUAAUUCAUCAGAGAAUCCACACGGGAGAGAAACCUUACAAAUGUGAGGAAUGUGGCAAGGCUUUUAUCUAUCGGUCCAGCUACGUGAAGCACCAGAGAAUUCAUACCGGAGAGAAGCCUUACCGGUGCAAGGAGUGUGACAAAGCCUUCACCUGCGGCCAGCACCUCACGAGACACCUGAGGGUCCACACUGGAGAGAAACCGCACAAAUGUACAGUGUGCGGCAAAGCUUUUAUCCAGAAAUCAAAACUCGUGCGGCAUCAGAGGAUUCACACCGGCGAGAAGCCUUUCAAAUGCAGUGACUGUGGUAAGGAUUUUAUCCACAGUUCGAGCCUCGUGCAACACCAAAGAAUUCAUACCGGCGAGAAACCUUACAAAUGCAAUGAGUGCGGCCAGAUGUUUUUUACACACUAUCAGCUCUGGUAUCACGAGAUAAUCCAUACUGGCGAGAAACCGUACAAGUGUAACGAGUGUGGCAAAGCCUUUAACCUCGGCUCAACGCUCAAUACACAUCAGAGAAUCCACACUGGAGAGAAGCCCUAUAAGUGUAAUGUCUGCGGGAAGGGCUUUAUCCAGAAAUCACAGCUGGCAAACCACCUGCGAAUCCACACCGGGGAAAAGCCUUACAAAUGCAACGAGUGUGGGAAGGCCUUUUCGGAUCGUUCCACUCUCGCCCAGCACAAGAGAAUCCACAGCGGCGAGAAGCCUUUCAAAUGCACCCAGUGCGGGAAGGAAUUCAGCCGACGCUCUUACCUGUGGAGUCACGUACGCAUUCACACAGGAGAGAAACCUUGCAUAUGCAAUGACUGCGGCAAGGCCUUCAACCGACUGUCCAACCUGGGCAGGCACCAGAGGAUCCACACGGGAGAGAAGCCAUUCAAGUGCAACGUGUGCGGCAAGGACUUCACCAUACGCUCGCACCUCUGGGGUCACGAGAGGAUCCACUCGGGGGUGAAACCCUUCAAGUGUGAGUACUGCGGCAAAGCGUUCACCGAACGGUCGAACCUGACUCAGCACCAGAGAAUUCACACGGGUGACAAGCCCUUCAAGUGCAACGAGUGCGGCAAGGACUUUCCCACGCGCUCACACCUCUGGGGCCACGAGAGGAUUCACACCGGAGAGAAGCCUUACAAGUGUGACGACUGUGGCAAAGCCUUCACCGGGAGCUCGAACCUCACGCAGCACAAGCGAAUCCACACCGGAGAGAAACCGUUCAAAUGCAACGUCUGCGACCGGGCCUUCACCCAGAAUUCAAGCCUUACCGUUCACCAGAGAAUCCACAUCGGCGAGACGCCCUUCAAGUGCAAGGAAUGUGGCAAGGCCUUUAAGCAGUACUCGAGCCUGACCCGGCACCUCAACAUCCACCCCGGAGAGAAGCCGCACAAGUGCUCCAUGUGCGAGAGGACUUUUAUGACCCGUUCACACCUCUGGGACCAUGAGAGAAUGCACAGUGGAGAGAAACCCUUCAAGUGUCUGGUGUGCGGCCGGGCCUUUCGGAAACCCUACGACCUUAGAGUUCACCAAAGAAUUCACACGGGGGAGAAGCCCUACAAGUGCGUGGAGUGUGGCAAGUCUUUUAACAGGUUUUCACAAUGGACCGAACAUCAGGUGGUUCACUACAGGGGCAACUAA